AUGAACAAUUUCUUGAUAAUACUGAUCCUUUUGGACCUGUGCACCGGCUUAAGCAAUGGUUUUGAUAUGCAAGCAAAAACCAAAGUCAUGUUACUUAACCAGUUGGAACACAACAAACUCCUCAAGGUUCGUUGUGGCAACCACAAAGGGGAGGAGAAGCUUCUAAAAAUCGGUGAAGAAUAUGAGUUUACUUUCGGUGAUAACUUUAGCGGAGCAACCAAUUACUCGUGUAAAAUGGACCGGGGUCCUGAUAAUUUCAAACAUCACCAAGAGUUUGUGGUGUAUGACGCGAUGUGGACCAAAUAUCCUGAGAUUACAUGUAAGUGGAUGGCUAGAGAAGAUGGUAUCUACUAUUCUCAAGACGGAAACCUCCCUCAGAAGAAAUAUGAGUGGGAAGGUUCUCGCCUAACAGGAAACAAAGUCACGUUAAGAAACGAGUUAGAGCACAACAAACUCCUCAAGGUUCGUUGUGCCAACGAUGAAGGGGAGCAUCUUCUGAAAAUCGGGGAAGAAUAUGAGUUUAGUUUCGAUGAUUACUUUUUCCAUUCGUGUACAAUGGCCCAAGGUCCUAAUAAUUUCAAACAUCACAAAAAAUUUUGUGCGUACAUGCCAAUCAAUGCUGAUGACGCUCCACCUAAGUGGAUUGCUAGAGAAGAUGGUAUCUACUUUACUAACGAUGGAAACGUCCCUCAGAAGAAAUAUGAGUGGGAUGGUCCUCGUCUCCUCAAAAACUAG